AUGCCUGCUGACAUUCGAAAAUUGAUUGAAGAUGCUCAGUCUUCAAUUGAUAGCGUGAGAAAAACAGCAGAAACGAACCUUUUGAAAUGGUGCGAUGAGGACGCUACUCAAGUUUUCAUUUCCCUAGUACAUGUUGCUUUGGGGGACAACAGCAUAAUAUCUUUCAGACAGUUCGCUUUGGUUGCUUUGAGAAAACUGAUAACAAUGUUUUGGAGUCCAGGAUUUGAGUCGUACAGGGGGGCAGUCCCAAUUAAUCAGGAUGCAAAAACCUUCGUGAGAGACUCUCUUCUUCACCUAUCUUUGCAAGACGCUUCCCUUUCAAAGCUUAGAAAUGCGGCUUCAUAUUGUGUUGUACAGAUAUGUGCAGUAGAUUUCCCUGAUGAAUGGCCGAAUAUUUUACAGGUUAUCUACGAGGCUAUUUUGAGCAAUUGCUCUUUGCCAGCGAUGUCUUUGUUGAACGAGAUAUAUGAUGAUGUGGUCUCCGAGGAAAUGUUUUUUGAAGAUAAUAUAGGACCAGGAACCAUUGAUAUAAUUUUCAGAAUUUUAAAAGACCCGAAAUCAAAUUGCGAAACGAUACUGGUGGCACUAAACUUAUUUCACGCGUGCCUCUUGGAAUUGUUAACAGUGAGCUCUUCUUCUUCUUCCAAAAGAAAACAUAUUGUAAUGAACUCAAUAAAUGAAGUCUUUAAGAUAUGGGGACGUUUUUUACAAUUGAAUGCUAACAUCGAGAAUUUGGACUACAUGAAAAUAAGAUCAAAAAUCUAUGAGGAUUUAGCUUUGUUGAAAAAUGAAUUUCCAACAAAGCUCUUUCCAAAAGAUAAUUAUUUACCUUUCAAAGAUUUGGUUCUGCAUGAUCUAGAGGAUUGUGCAAAGGUAUAUUUGUCAAUAGCAAAUCGUACAGAUGAAAGUGCACAACUGGAAACUGUGAAUGAAUUUGCUGUUCGAGCACUUGAAUUUUUGACAUCCAUAUGUGAUUUUACAUUUGAGGCUAACGAAAUGAGUAGAAUUAUCGUUGUUUUAGAAAGCCUCUGUUGCUACAGCGAUGAAACAAUGGAAAACUGGUCCGACGACUUCAAUAGUUUUGUGUCCGCUGAGGCUGGAUUAACAGCUUCGUUCACCACUAGAGAUCAGGCCGCAGAGUUUUUAACGGCAUUGAAUGAUGCCAGUUUUUUGAUGGCUUUCAAGUGCAUCCUAAAAGAGCUGUCGACAAUUUCUGAAAACGAUAACAGUUGGAAGUCUCAAGAAUCCAUAUUAUAUUUAUUGCAGUCAAUAAUUUCAAAUGAGACACAACCCUCUGAUGAUUUAGGCAACAUUGUCCUUAAUGUUCCACUGUUUUUGAGCUCACUUCUAGAUUGGAGAGAAGCAAAUGAGUUUGUUCAAUCAAGAACAAUGAAUUUGAUUCCAAAAUUUUUGGAAAAAUUCAUGGAUGUCUUUAAGAAUGUUAAAGUUUUGACUGCUGAUUUUUUUAUGAAAUCGCUUGACUUGUCUCUGUCUAGUACUAGCGAAAUUAUGAAGUCAUCACUACUAGUGGGAUUCACCUACUAUGCUUAUUUUGCGGAUCUUCCGUCUGUUCUUGGAAGCGAAGUAUGCCAAGAAAUGCAAAUAAAAAUGUUGAAACUGAUCUAUCAGGUUUCUCAAGGAGCAGAAGAUGAUACAGAUGGUUUGUUAAUGGAGAUUCUCAGUCUGUUGAUUGAUUGCAACAUCAAUGGCAGUCACGACAACGAGAUCUUACAAUCAGAGUUUCAUCUGGUGCUCACAAUUUCUGCUAAAGAACCAUCAAACAUUCAAGUUGUCGUUGAAUCUCAGACAUGCUUACGCAAACUUCUGCGCCUUGAUGGAGAAGCGUACGCAGCAUAUGCAGAAAGAUGUUUGCCUUCUUUUUUGAAAGUUAUUGAGGCCAAUAAACAGACUGGCUACAAUUAUACUCCCCUCCUGUCACUUACUCUCCAACUUUUAGACGUCUUCAUGUCUAAAAAACCAACUGACAGUACAAUUUCAUCUUCUGUACUCAGUUACGUUUUCGAACCUCUGAAAGAUGUGCUUUUAUCUUCCAAUGAUGACGACAUUUUACAAAUCACAACCUCUUCCUUCAAUCAUUUGCUAUACAACUCAAGCAGUAGUGAAAUUUGCCCUCAUUUAGAGGAAACAAUUCUCGUCUUGGACAGAUUAUUGUCGUUCGAUGUGUCUGACACUGCGGCACAGAAUUCUGGGACAUUGAUUGUUACCAUUCUCGCCAGAUUCCCAGCUGAAAUUCAAAGCAUGUUUCCUGUCAUUAUAAAUGCGGUGACAGAAAAACUCUUAAAGGUCAAAAGUAUUAUUACGUCCCAAAAUUUAGUCUCUGUGUUCUGCUAUUUAACAUGUGUCGAUGCGUAUCAGACUGUUGAUUUUCUGGCAGGAAUACAGGUUGAAAAUGGAAAUACUACAGCACUUGCAUUAAUCAUAUCCAAGUGGUUGGAGAUAUUCGAAGAAAUAAGAAAUGAAACUAAAGUUAAAGAGAACGUGUUUGCUUUGAGCAAGCUUUUUCUCUUGGCAGAUCCCAGAUUAGCAGCUUUAAAAGUCAAUGGGAACAUUAUACCAUACCAAGGUGACCAAAUCAUAACCAGAUCUAGGGCAAAAGAAAUGCCAGAUAGAUAUACCCAAGUCCCGUUUUAUACCAAGAUUGUCAUGCUAUUCCUUACAGAACUAGAUGCUCAAGGCAGACAGCAAUCUGAGGAGCUUUUUUCAAAUAUUCCAUCCCGGAAUGAUGAUGCUGCCGAAGGUGGCGUAGAUGAAGAUUGGGAAGAUGUAGAAGACGUUUUAGAAUAUGAAAAAUUGCAGGAGUACGUACAAGACAGUGACGAGGAAAACGGCUACGACGGCUACGAGGAUGAUGACGCAUAUAAAGAAAUUUCUCAGAUAUAUAAUCUGACACAGAGUACUGAGGAAUUGCUUGUCGAAUUUUUCCGAGAAGUAACUAGUAAAAAUAUCAACGACUUCCAGAGCAUAUACAAUUCUUUGUCAGAAGAGGAAAAAAAAGUGUUGUCUGAUAAUUUAGUGUAA